CGCGAUAUUGACCGAACGAUAGGCAGUUUUCGCAAGGUCGCUUCGAGAGAACAACGUAACAACUGAGCAAGUUCAUUGUCGCCGCCAGUUCAAGUCGCAUCAUAGUACUGUCGAGUUUUUAGAGCACAACAAAGAUACCAGAAGAUGUAUGUCAAAAGCCUGUCUCUAUACGUGUUUUGCGUGAUUGUUAUCAUUGCAAAUAUAGGUGAAGGGAAGAGAUACCAUAGCCGAGGUUAUGGUCGAACUGGUCAGUACGUGACUAACACCGAACUAUCACGCAACGACUGUCGAGAUAUGGUGAGCGUUGACUACUGCAAAAAAGUAAAAGAAAUGAAAUAUUGUGGUUUGCCUUUGUACUCGUCAAGAUGCCGUUUGACUUGUGGGAUUUGUACAACUAAACGCGAAACAGUAACAAAAGCCAACAGCGUUGAUAAAGUUUGCAGAGAUGUAGGUGGCAAGAACUUCUGUAAAAAGACAUGUCGCAGACGACCUUAUGUCGCAUUUGCAAAGACUUUCUGCAAAAGAAGUUGUAAUUUCUGCAAACCAGAGUCAAAAUGCAAGGACGAGAAAAUAUGUGAAAGAUUGACAACCUUUUACAAAAUCGAUAAAUGCUCAACUUUGCCUCGUCGACUUAGGAAACGAGCAAUGAGAAGGUGCCCAAAACUUUGCGGUGUUUGCUUGCCUCCAGUACAAGAAACAUCCGAUUCCCAAGCUUCACAAGCAUUACGUACAGCGGUCGACAUCAUCGAAACACCAGCGCAACGCGGAAACACAAUUCACAAUAAUCGCAGACAACCUCAUCCACAGAUACAAAGCGUUGGAUCAAACCAAACGCCACGUCGUGGAGUAUUUUACAUGUAUACGGACUAUUUAUCGCUUUAACGCGUUCGAAGAUACUCAAAUAACAAGACUGGUUACUUGGUGAAAGGAGCAGUUGGCAGCAAAAAUUGACGGAAGUAACUCAAGGAAUGUGCAAAACACGAUGAAGGAAGCACCAGAGUAGAUUGACUAGCAUUUAUCAAAAUGUAGAGUGCGACGAAGUCGUACAACAAUACCAUUAUACACAAGUGUAAAUAGACUUUUUAUAAUUAUGUAGCUUUGUCAAACAAAUGCGAAUCACCGAUAGACACAGAAAUACAGACAUUUAAAACAGAUUCAAAUUCACUUGUGCUUGUAAAUAGCGAUGGAUUGAAGAAGAAAAACACACAUGUAACUAAUA